AUGCACAGCGGAUAUAAAAAUCCCUCUGGAGAAGAGCUGAUGGGGAGAGUCCGGCUGGAGCUCACCAGGUAAGUGCCGCUGGAAGUCCCAUGGGGGGCAGGCAGGCAUGGCUCCGUUCGCUUCAACCCUAGAACAGGUUCAGGCAGACUUGGGUACAAUCCUGGAACUAGCAACCCCAGGCAAUGGGUGUGAACUAUUGACUCGAGGAAGGAUUGGAUGUCAUUUUUCGAGGGCAACGUGCCCUGAUAGGUGUCUUAGUGGCAAGAAAGGGGAACCAUACUCUGCACAUGCUCUGUGGCAAACUCAUCCGUAAGUGCUGUCUAGUGGUGAAAGAAUCUGUCAAUGUCGGUUCUCUUAGUUCCUCAUUUUUUCCAACCUUAAAUUUGGUUCUUCACAUUUCUAUAACAAUUUGAAGGUUGUCCUUUUUUAAAUCUUCAUGUGUAUUCUUAAGCAUUUUAGUGCAAAUUUCUUCUGCUAAAGAUAUUUAUGUGAACAAUUUUGACCAACGUACACAUUUUGCAAGCAGUUUGCUCUAAUAGAAUACAACUGUGUAUGCUAUUUUCACAAAUAUAUCCAUUUUUAAUGCACAUUUCACCCUAAUAUUUGAAUGUUUGAAAACUUUGGUUGGUUGGAAAACUUCAUUGCAAAAAUUCAUAUAUGUGCAGUUUCAAAGGGUAGGUCUGCGUUUGGUUCUCAUCUUGUUAAGGAAAGUGUAAAUGUGAUAAAAUGUGGUUUAAAUGCGUCCUGAAUUGAGUGUCUUCCCUGCCCUAGUCCUGGCUGAAGGCAGGUCCCUUGAGUAAUCGCUACUCUUGCCCUUUCCACAUGUUUCUCCUUUAUCCCAGCUUUUCCGUAUUGGAAGGAUGAGUGGUGUGGCCUGGAAAAGAGGUUUCCAGCGUUAACCUUAAGCUCCCCAAGAUGUCCUGUAACACCUUUGGCCCUGCGCUUUUCUCCCCUACAGGGAAGCAGAGUCUACCAUGAGUCAUCACAGCGGAAAAGUCUCUGGACUUUGGAAGGUAUGGAGCGAUGUGUCAUGUGUAUAGCAGGGUUGUGGAGGAGUCCCAGGGAACAAACUUUUUUGCAAGGGGGGGGGGCGGUAUCAAGAAACUGUGAAGGCAGAGAACAGAAAUUUGGGGCAGGUUGCUUGAAACCAAUUAACAGAAGCAAAUCAUGUUAUUUAUCUUACACUUCCGAUCUGCCAGGUGCUUCACUGCAUUCAUUGCGCUCUCCCACCAAGUACCCUGUCAGUUAGGCUUGCAGCUGUCCCAUUUUGCAGAUGGAGAGCUGAGGCUUAGAGUGAGUGAAUUCUUCAAGGCUAAACAAGGAGUCCAGGACAGGGAAGGACUUGAGCUCAGAUGUUUCUGCACUAAGGAGGGAUCAUAUGGUGUAGUGAUUUGGGAGCACUUGGCUCAGGCCUGUGUUCAAAUCCCCUCAAAAUCUCCCUUCCCCUCCCUCCUACUUCACUGGCUCUUCUGGGGAUAAGAUGAGGUCAUUUGCAUUCAUGUGCUUCCUCGUGUUUGCUCACGCAGGCAGGUGCUUCUCCCCAGAGGUGCUGCUUGUGGGGUUGAAUGCGGACGCAUGCCUUCAUAUACGACUGUGGCGGGCAUUGAGUGUGUGGCUUCUUCCACUCACCCCUGCACUCUGGAAAAGGGGGUCAGGGUCACUUCUGGCUGCUCCUGACCCUUCUCUCGACCAAGCCUUCAACCCUCCAGUGAGGAAUGAGAGACCCUCACCCACCAGUGCCCCUUCAAUCCUGCCACUCUGAGGGCAGAUCUCUGAGCAGCGACAGCAGGUUCUCUGGUGGGCUUUCCUCCCUGCUCCCCCCUCCCCAGGACCCUGAGCCCCCACCCUCAUCUCUUCUCAGAUUGUGGCCUGGGAUGAGCCCGCCUUCCAGGGCCGGAAGCAUGAGUUCACCUCUGAGUGCUACGACAUCACAUUGUGUGGCUUCGACAAUGUCUGCUCAGCUCGCGUUGAGAGCGGCACGUGAGUUGGCUCCCUACUGCUUCCCAGAACUCUUGCCCACUUUCUUGCUUUUCCUGGGACCCCUUCACCCCACUGCCCCUGCCUCGUCCUCACCUUCGCUCUGGUGGUGAAUGCCUCGCUCACACGUCGUGAGUGGACCUUGCUGAGCUUCAGAGCCUGACUCCUUUCCUCAGAGUUCCUAGCAGGUAAAUCCCUGAGGCUUGCAACCCUAGACCUGCUCAGAUGGGGAGUGUUGUGCAGUGGUUAGUGCUGAGCUGGGACGUUGGGAGACCAGGGUUCAAGUCUCUGCUCAGCCACAAGGCUCUGCUGGGUGACCAUGGGUCCAUCACAGUCUCUCAGCCUAACCUACCUCACAGGGUUGUUGUGAGGAUGGUAUGGGGAGCGCUUUGGCGGAAAGAAGGAGGGAUAUAAAUGUAGUGAAUCAAUAAAAUAGCUCCAGCUGCCUUGGAGAGUGAAUGUGCACAGGACUAUGCUGUGUGCAGUGGGGAGAGAGUGCGCCUGGCCUGUCUUGUGCGUUCACGCCAAUGUCUGCACACAAACAUUCUGGCACCAUGCAGGGCACAGCCGGAUGAUGCUUUUCUAGCCUGCUGGGGCCGAGCUUUGUUUGCAGAAUGUUCCUUCCCCCCCUCAUCCCCCAAGCUAAGCCUGCACCUUCCUGGCUACAGAGGCCCACCUCCUUUCUCCCCACAGGUGGGUCGGCUUUGAGCACCCCGGUUUCCAGGGGCAGCAGUUUGUGCUGGAGCAAGGCGACUACCCCUGCUGGGAAGCCUGGAGCGGAAGCAACGCCUACCAUGCCCACCGGCUGAGCUCCUUCCGGCCCGUCUCCUGUGCGGUGAGCAACUGGGGUGGGCCAGCAGGAGGCUGCCUGGAGGGAGUUGUAGCCCAGGCUGCCUGAGGGUGGCAGGGUGCCGGCCUUGCAUGCAGACGGUCCCAGGCUCAGUACCUGGAAGCAUCUCUAGGGAGGGCCAGCGAAAGACCCUGCCUGAAACCUGCAGAGCCUCUGCCUGCCUGCGCACGCAAUACUGAGCAGGCGGACCAAGGUUUAGACUCCAAAUUAUGUUCCUCGGUGAGAGUAGGGUUGCUCUGCUGAGGAAUCAUAGAACUGUAGAGUUGGAAGGGGCCCCAAGGGCCAUCUAGUCCAACCCCCUGGAAUGCAGGAAUCUCAGCUAAAGCCUCCAUGACAGGUGGCCAUACAUCCUUUGCUUAGAAACCGCAAAGAAAGGAGAGUCCACCACCUUCCCAGGGAGACUGUUCCACUGUCAACCAGCUCUUACAGUCAAACAGUUAUUCCUGGUGUUUAGUCAGAAUCUCCUUUCUUGGAACCUGAAGCCAGGGGUCCAAGUCCUCCCCUCUGACUUGCUAAGCUCAGCUUUUUUAUUUUGCUAACAAACUUAAGAUGAGCCAGGCGGAAUCAGACUCAGGUGGGUCCAUCUAGCUGAGCAUCCUACAUCCCGCAGUGGCUGAGCCAAGGAGCCUACCCAGCAGCCCUGAAGGUAGCAUCCUCCUCAUCUUGUUUAGUCCCAGCAGCUGUUACUCAGAGAUAGACUGCUUCUAAACCUGGGGGUUAAGAAUGUUGCUUCUCCAUGAAUUUCCCUCAUUCCCUUUGAAAGCCUUCUGGACCAGCAGGCAUCACCAUGUCUCAGACAGGAGCUAAUGGUUGAAGUAAAUCACUGAGAAGUCCCUCCUGUGGUCUGCCCUGGGUCUACUGCCAAAGAACUUCAUAGCUUUGUGCCAGCAAGCCCACUGGAACCCAGCUGUCAGCCACACUGCCUUAGAGGUCACAGGGAAAGUCAAAACCGACCAAGUUUGUCUGGUGGCUUUAGAAACCAAGCCCUGCACUACUGACAUCUGGAGAGGCAGGAGGUAGCUCAGCCAAGCCUCUCAUCCCUCCAGGAGAAGCGUCAGUAGGAGGAAGCAGCCAGCAUCUCCUUGACACAGGAACGCAGCCCUUGGGGUGUCAGUGGGCUGCCGGGCUUUCGUCAUUCCUGACUAAGGGCCACACUGGCCUGGCGGGAAUUGUUCACAUCCAGCAUCUGAAGGACUGUAGGUUGCUCACCUGCGCCUUAACAGAUUUGGCUCCUUGGCUGUAGAGGUCCAAGAGCUGCAGGACAGACAUGGUGGCUGGUAUUAUUAUUGACAUUGUUGUUAUUUGCAUUUAUUAAUAAUGAGGAGUCCAGGCCAGUGCAUAAGAUGAUGUUUUUGCCCUGCACAGAAUCACCGGGAGAGCAAGAUGACCAUAUUUGAGCAGGAAAAUUUUAUGGGACGCAAAGGGGAGCUGAGUGAUGACUACCCAUCUCUCAAGGCGAUGGGCUGGGGCAGCAAUGAGGUGGGGUCCCUCCGUGCGAGUUCUGGAGCGUAAGUACUUUUUUGGGGCCCUGCCAAGUACUCCUCUUCCAUUUGUUUCUCAGGGCUGGAACUGAGGGUCACAUUUCUCAGGGCGAGUUUCAAAGGAGAGCUGAGCUAGCAUAUUGCAACGUUUUCAUGUCCCUGGACUUGUCUUUGGUAGAGAAAGGGCUUUCUCCUCCUUUCUGCAAGGGAUUGAUUGAUAGCAAUAGGAUGGAGCCAAUACGACUUUGCACAACAAGGCCUGGUGGCCUGGCCUGUGACAUUACCUUCUGGUGUUUCUGUGGGCCCUCUGGUCUGAAGAAGGUAGCUCCCUGAACCCAGCAGAGUGGAGGCCUUGCCAUUCUUAGGGGCCUCUGCUUCCUAAGAAUAAACAGCAGCAGGGAAUUCUAUGCGGAUGAGGAUGGUGUGUGGCCUUGCAAAAUCAGAGUUUUCUCGCAGCCUCCAAACACCCCCUGCCCUCUGAGCACUUUGAGGGAGUCCUGAGCCCCUGGCUGCCCUGCUCUGUGCUGGCUUGAUCUCCCCACAUCUCAGCUGAUUUCUCCCCCCUCCUUUCUGUCUCCUCAGAUGGGUAUGCUUCCAGUUCCCUGGGUACCGGGGCUUCCAGUACGUCGUGGAGAGCGAUUGCCAUGGGGGCGAAUACAAGCAUGUCCGGGAACUGGGAUCUCAUGCUCAGACCUCCCAGGUGCAAUCCAUUCGCCGAGUGCAGCACUGAGCAAGCCCCAUGCAACGCCUGCCACCUGCCUGGCCCCUGGGUGGGUCUGCCAAGCCGAGGGUUACUUCAUCCUGUGCUCCCCUUGCCAUGCGCUGGCACAGUGGAAUAAUUAACUGCCAGGCCACAGCAAGGAUUUCCUCCGAUGGUGUGUUGUCAAGUGCAUUUGUUUAAACUCUUCUGAAUAUCUGGCUGUCACAGGCAGAGAGAAAAAGCCAAGGAUCUCUACCCAUCUAAUGUUGUAACCCAAGGCAUCUGGAAGGCUCUCAGAAGGCAUUGCCUACUCCCACCUCCCCCAAACCCAUGAGCACCACAACUCUCAGGAGGCUGCAGUCUCCCUUUCAUGCCAGUGGUGUGGCAUCUUCCCUAGGGAGCACUUCUCCCUCCCUUCCCACCCCUAUUCCAUCACCAGGCCAAGGAAAGUUUCACAUAUAAGCCAGAGAGAUGCCAGCCAGCAAUGGCUCUGAAGCAAUUAUAGGGCUGCUCCCUCAACUCAGACAACUGUCAAAUAUUCGCAAAGGG